GGAAGCAUUCAGCAAUACCAGUGCUCAAUAAUACUGGAACAAGUCUAUUAUUUUGACUUUUCCACCCACAUCUCAAGUUUUACAUAUUUCAUCAAACAAUCGCGUAUAUCUCCUAAGAAACAAAGGGACUCUAAGGAUACUAAAGACACGCCUUUUAUUAAAUCGAAAAACAGUUGAAAGUUAAAGCUCUAUGCAACAGUAUCUUGUAUAGUCAAGUUCUGUUUAUCGCGGCAUUUAUCAGUACAACUGAUAAUUUUUUUUACUUGUUUCGUGGAACACAAAAGUCGGCAAAAUUGAACGCCAAAAGUCCUUCGAUAUGGCAGAGCUGAAGUCGGAAAUCGACAGCGAUGCCGAUCUAAACUAUUCUCUGGGAAGCAAUGUUGAUCCCAAAAAUAUGCAAGAGUUGACAAUUUACGUUCAAAACUUGCUACAAAAUGUGCAGGACAAGUUCCAGACUAUGUCCGACCAGAUAAUUUCUCGUAUCGAUGAUAUGGGUACAAGGAUAGACGACUUGGAGAAAAGUAUCACCGAUCUCAUGCAGCAAGCAGGUGUAGAAGCCGCCGAAAAAUAAAACAAGAAACAUAGGCUUUCUAAGCAGCUCAUUGCAUCUAGGGAUAUACAAAAUGAAAACAAUCGAAUAAUUUUUCAAAAGCACCUACAUAAUUUUAUUUCAACGAAUCAAGCGAAAAAGUUCGAACAUGAAGCGUUUCAUAUGCACUUAACGAAAGCUUUGGUUUAGUAUGGCUAGACGUAGGGAAUAUGAAUGUGAAAUUAUCGAUUUAACAGAUUUUGUUUUAUUACAACAAUCAUACCCAUGCAUCGCACAUAUAGAUGUGAAUUAAUGCUAAAAACAAAAUAAAUCGAACAAAACAAUCAUGCGGCACCACUUU